CUGGACGGCGCCGCCGAAUCGGGACAUCGGCGGGAGUACGGGAGGGCGCACGGCGCAGCCCCCACCAUGCUCAAGCGCUGUGGCCGGCGCCUGCUGCUGGCGCUGGCGGGUGCGCUGCUUGCCUGCCUCCUGGUGCUCACCGCCGACCCGCCGCCGUCCCCGGUGCCUGCCGAGCGCGGCCGGCGCGCGCUGCGCAGCUUGGCGGGACCGGCGGGGGCGGCCCCGGCGCCCGGGCUGGGGGCGGCGGCGGCUCCUGGAGCGCUAGCCCGCGAGGUGCACAGCCUGUCCGAGUACUUCAACCUGCUGACCCGCGCGCGCAGAGACGCUGGCCCGUCGUCCGGGAGCGUACCCCGCCCCGCCGACGGCCACGCGCGGCCCCCGGCCGAGCAGCUGGCGCCCCGUGAUGUCUUCAUCGCAGUGAAGACCACUAGGAAGUUUCACCGCGCACGCCUGGACCUGCUCCUGGAGACGUGGAUCUCUCGCCACAAGGAGAUGACGUUCAUCUUCACCGACGGGGAAGACGAAGCCCUGGCCAAGCACACGGGCAACGUGGUCAACACUAACUGCUCGGCAGCCCACAGCCGCCAGGCCCUGUCCUGCAAGAUGGCCGUGGAGUAUGACCGCUUCAUCGAGUCGGGGAGGAAGUGGUUCUGCCAUGUGGAUGAUGAUAACUACGUCAACCUGCGGGCCCUGCUGAGGCUGCUGGCCAGCUACCUGCACACCCAGGAUGUCUACAUCGGCAAGCCCAGCCUGGACCGACCCAUCCAGGCCACAGAGCGGGUCAGCGAGAACAAGGUGCGUCCUGUGCACUUCUGGUUUGCCACUGGCGGAGCUGGCUUCUGCAUUAGCCGUGGGCUGGCCCUGAAGAUGAGCCCGUGGGCCAGCGGUGGCCACUUCAUGAGCACGGCCGAGCGGAUCCGGCUGCCGGACGACUGCACCAUUGGCUACAUCGUGGAGGCCCUGUUGGGCGUGCCCCUCAUCCGCAGUGGACUCUUCCACUCUCACCUGGAGAACCUCCAGCAGGUGCCUGCCUCUGAGCUCCAUGAGCAGGUGACUCUGAGCUAUGGCAUGUUUGAAAACAAGCGGAAUGCUGUCCACGUGAAGGGACCUUUCUCGGUGGAGGCUGACCCGUCCAGGUUCCGCUCCAUUCACUGCCACCUGUACCCGGACACACCCUGGUGUCCCCACACUGCCAUCUUCUAGCAGCCAUGGCUGAGACCUUGUCCCUGGGUGCCCCUGGUAUCCAAAGGGCCCAGGGACCCCUGUUGUGCUGUCUUGUCUGUGGCAUUUGAUCGUUGUGUGUGUGUGUGUGUGUGUCUGUGUGUGAGUUUGUGUGUCUGUGUGCGUGUGCCCACCUGCACAGUGGACUGCUGGGCAGUCUUUCUCUGCAGGCAGCUGGCAGAAGUGCCUCUUGUCUGCCUUUCCAUAGGGGGAAAGGGUCCCUGGGGGGGGGGGGCAGUCCUAUUCAUGUUUCUGGGUCUUGGUAGCACUGGGCUCCCAGCUCCUCUGCAAGGUGAUGUGGGUGCCUCUUCUGCUGAGCACAGUCCUUGUGCUGGGGGGUGCCAGCACCCUGGAAUUCUGGCCCCUUCCUGGAGCCCCCCAGGACAACUGAGCCAUGCUCAGUGCAGGAGAAGCUGGUUUUGGGGAGAGGCCCAAGCCCCCUCCUCUGAUGAUCUCUGACCUGGGCACAGUGGCUCAGAGGAACAGCAGCUGCUGUCCGGGGACUCCUGGGGCUGUUCAGCUGAUCCUGGGUUGGGGGUCCUCCUGGCCCCCUUGAGGUCCUGCCUUUGUCUCCCCAUGAUUGGGGGGUCAGAGCAUUUUAUUUCCUCUCCAAAGUAGAGAGAAUGUCGCCCACAGUGGGCGUGUCUGUAAAUAUUGUGACAGUAUUUUUUUACUGUGCUCUUUUUCAAAAAGGGGUGGGUGAAAGGGGGUCUGAUUUUUGUUUUGCUUUGAGGAGUGGGUGGGGAAGGGCCUUAUUUUAUCUUUUCUGUGGAUCAGAAAAAGCAGAAGCCAAACUUGGGGAACGCCUUCAUUUGUAAACCUGACCUGGGAAUGUCUAUGUAUUAUGCCUUCCAGUAUCUGGAAUCCCCUCUCGUCCCUGCCCACCAGGCCCAGGGGGCUCACCUGGUCCUGGGUGUGUUUUUAAUUCUCUUUGCAAAGACAUAGCUAGGAAAGCGGAUGAUAAGGGAAGAGCUCUCAGGGAACUGAAGUGUUGUUGCUAUGGUGACGUCUUUUUGCUGUCAAUAAAGGUGCUUUUUGCAGCA